CGAUGGCUUUAGAAAUUAUUGUUGCUUCAGCCAGGCGCCUUACAAGAAUUGACCCUACACCCAACACGAAGAUAUACGUCGUCGUUUCAAUCACCGGCGACGCCGUCAAGGAGCAGAUCAGUGCUAAAACCGACGUGGACCGACACGGUGGCGGAAAUCCUACGUGGAACUUUCCGGUGAAAUUCGACGUGGAAGGUUUAAAACAGGAUCUGAAAGCUCGUAUUGUUUUUGCUCUUAAGUGCGAGGAUGAGAAAGGACAUAAAGAUUUAGGUGAAGUCCACGUGUCGGUUGCUGAGCUGUUGAAGUCUGCUGAAGAUGGAAACUCCAUGGGAUCAUACGCCGCCGUUUCGUAUCCGGUUAGAGACCCGUCGGGGGAGUCGGUGGCCUUGCUGAAUUUCCAGUACAAAUUUGGUGGUUCUCCGAUGAAUGAUGCUCCGGCGGCUGGUUUCGCCACCAGCAGAAGCAUGGGAGUAUAUCCACCACAAGGAUAUAACCAUCCUCCACCACCACCAGCAACAGGAUACGGCGGUUACCCCCCACCACCAGCAACAGGAUACGGCGGUUACCCCCCACCACCAGCGGCAGGACAUGGUGGCUAUCCACCACCACCACCACCAUCACUACAGUCGUCGGAUCCAUAUCCAUCACCAUCACCAUCUCACUACACGCCACUGCAAUAUCCACCGUACAAAGUCGGGCCAUUGGCAGCGGCGCCACCACCGUCGCACUACACGUCAACGCCAGCAUAUCCACCAUAUAACGUCGGACAAUCAGCAGCGCCGCCAUCUCACUACAUGCCGCCAUCGCUGUAUCCGCCGUACAACGUCGGACCAUCAGCAGCGCCGCCGCAUGCACAUUCAUAUCCACCACACCCAAGUCACGUGCAGGCACGUGCGGCUCCAGUUGAGCAACGAUCGGUGCCAAAGAAGAAAAAAUCGGUAUGGGGAUCAGCGUUGGGGGUGGCCGGUGCGGUUGCAGUCGGAGUUUUCUCCGGCGUAGCGUCGUCGUCGUCAUUGGAGCUCCCGUCGGCGCCGGCGCCGGAAUUCUCCGAUUUAACGGCGGGAUUUCAAAUACCGGAUCCCUCAGGCUAUGCCCCGCAAGAUUUAUCGUUCAUUAAUACGUUUCCAGAUCCUUCUGCUAUAAGGGAUGCCACUUACGUUGAUUAUAUUCCCUUGUCUAAUUUAUUACUACUUAAGGAUUUUAAGAACAUGUUGAAGCAUAAGACCAAGGAGUUUUCCUUGGAGAGUCUCAUCACCUGGCUAAGGAUUGAGAAGGAAGCUAGAAGCAGAACCAGAGGGAGGAGGUGA